GCGUUGCUCGCACCCUGUUGAUUAGUCAGUGCUGGGAUGGCGCUUCCUGGGCCAGGCGCGGCGGCGGGCGGCCCCAGCCGGUCCCGGGGGGCGGCGGGAGCAGCAGCAGCCGCCGCCGCAGCAGCAGCAGCAGCAGCAGCAGCAGCAGCAGCCGCCCGGCGGGCCUCCCCUUCUGCCUAGCCCAGCAUGUCCCGGGGGGGUCGGCGCUGAGCGCGGCGGGCUCACUUCCCUCCCUUCCUCAGUUCCCCUCCCCGCUGGCUGCAGCCCCGCCGGGUGGGAGCACCCCGCCGGCGCUGCCUGUCUGGCUCCCCUCCCCUCCCUCCCUCCCCUUCUCCCCGGGCCAGGAAGAUGGACCCCGGCCCGGCUCUGGGUUGCAGCCUCAAGGACGUGAAGUGGAGCGGAGUGGCCGUCCCCCUGGACCUGCUCGUCAGUACCUACCGGCUCCCGCAGAUCGCCCGGCUGGACAGCGGAGAAACUGUAGAAGGCCUUCGGGAGAGCGAUUAUCUUCUGAUUCAUUCAUGUCGGCAGUGGACAACAAUUACAGCUCACAGUCUGGAAGAGGGUCACUACGUCAUAGGGCCAAAGAUAGAAAUCCCUGUACAUUAUGCAGGGCAGUUUAAGCUGCUGGAACAAGACCGAGAUAUUAAGGAGCCAGUGCAGUAUUUUAACAGUGUGGAGGAGGUGGCUAAAGCAUUUCCUGAACGAGUUUACGUCAUGGAGGAAAUAACAUUCAACGUUAAGGUGGCUUCAGGUGAAUGCAAUGAAGACACUGAGGUUUACAACAUUACCCUUAGUACUGGGGAUGAGCUCACUUUAAUGGGGCAAGCAGAAAUCCUUUAUGCAAAAUCUUCUAAGGAGAAGUCACGACUCAACACUAUCUUCAAAAAAAUCGGGAAACUUAAUUCAAUCAGUAAGCUAGGCAGAGGCAAAAUGCCCUGCCUCAUCUGCAUGAACCACAGGACCAAUGAAAGUAUCAGUCUCCCUUUCCAGUGUAAGGGCAAGUUUAGCACCCGCAGCCCGCUGGAGGUGCAGAUGCAAGAAGGUGAGCACACAAUUCGCAAUAUAGUAGAAAAAACCAGGCUGCCCGUUAACGUGACGGUGCCGAGUCCUACGCCACGAAACCCUUAUGACCUGCAUUUUAUCCGUGAAGGGCACAGGUACAAGUUCGUCAACAUUCAAACCAAGACUGUGGUGGUUUGUUGCGUGCUUCGUGGCAACAAAAUUAUUCCCAUGCAUUUUCCCUUGCACUUGACGCUUCCAAAAUUUACUCUACCUGACAGUCUGGUGAAGGGGGAGCUGUGGCACGAUUCCCUCAUUCAGCAUUGGUUUAAUAUAUGCCAGGAGCAGUUUGACAUCGACGAGUAUUCCCGUGCCGUGCGAGAUGUGAAAGCCGACUGGAAUGAGGACUGCAAGAGCCCGAAGAAGAGCCGGUGCACGGGGCACAGCCACGUGCCCAACUCCCUCAGCUACGCGCGGGACGAGCUGACCCAGUCCUUCCACCGGCUUUCGGUGUGUGUCUAUGGCAACAACUUGCACGGGAACAGUGAGGUGAACCUCCACGGCUGCAGGGACUUGUGUAACGAGUGGGCCCUGUUCUCUCACGAUGCUCUUCAGUACCAGGAGUCUGGUGACAGUAGCAGCGAUUACCUUUUUCCUGAAGUUAGCGAAGAAUCGAUGUUCCUGCCUACAAAACCAGAACUUCCUUACGAAGAGCUGUGGUUGGACCAAGGGUCUGGAAAGGCCGGCGACCAGCCUCUCUCUCGCUCUCUAAGUGACAACUACAGAGGGUCUUUCCGAUCAAAGUGUGGUACCACAUCUCUUCCUGUGCCUGCGACUGUUGGAGCAACCACAAAGUCUUCAGAUGUUUCCCUACCUCCACCUCCAGUGCCUCCCAAAUCAGAAGCAGUAAAAGAGGAAUGCAGGCUCCUGAACGCUCCCCCAGUCCCACCACGGAGUUCAAAGCCGUCGUCUACCAGUCCUUCCAUCCCUCCUCGUACAGUCAAACCUGCACGACAGCAGACCCGCUCUCCUAGCCCUACUCUGUCCUACUACUCUUCAGGACUGCACAACAUCAACGUCACAGAGAGUGACAACACCAACCCAACCGAGAGCCCACCUGUUUCCUGCUACCCUUGUAACAUGAUGAAAACCGAAUCCAAAGAGCCUGAGAGCACGAUGCCUUUGGGAAGCGCCUCAACUGAAGCUCUGCCUUCAAGGUUAUCUUGGCCAAACCAUUUUUCAGGAACUGCUGAAGGCCUGAAUAGGAGCGAUUUCCUGCUCGAUCCAAGCAGGAGCUACAGUUACCCCAGACAGAAGACUCCAGGUACGCCAAAGAGAAACUGUCCAGCACCUUUGACUUUCGACUUUGAUGGGUGUGAGCUCCCGGUGGGGUACUCCCACCUGACCCCAGCAGAGCUCACCAACACCAUCUCUAGCUGUCCAAAGUCGGCAAGUUACUCUCUAGACUGCACUGAUGAGAAGACUCUGGGAGUCAGCAACGCAAAGCAGAGCCAUUCCUGUCCUGCCUUACCUCCUCGGGCGCCGAAGUCAAGUGAGGAGAAAACAGUUACAGACAUGUGUCCCUUGCCGCUGAAAAUAGAUGGUGCUGAAGAGGAGUCGAAAAGUGGUUCUCCAGACCUCUUGGAAGAUCAGUAUCUCAUUAAAAAGGGCAUGCAGGAUACGUUCUCUGUGUCUUACCCCUUCUCAUCUCCCCUCCACCUGCAGUUAGCACCACGAUCUUGUGGGGAUGGCUCUCCCUGGCAGCCUCCCACGGACCUUUCCGGACUCUCGAUAGAGGAAGUGUCUAAAUCGCUGAGGUUUAUUGGCCUGUCAGAAGAUGUCAUAUCAUUUUUUGUUACAGAGAAAAUUGAUGGCAAUUUACUGGUUCAGCUUACAGAAGAAAUCCUGUCAGAAGACUUUAAGCUAAGCAAAUUGCAGGUUAAGAAAAUACUACAGUUCAUUAAUGGCUGGCGGCCCAAGAUGUGAUGCCGACUAGUUAUUAGCGAAACUGUACGAGAUGUGCUCAGUGCACUUCAGCUAAUACAUCACUUCCUGGUUCUUGCACUAAAAGCCCUUCCUGUAAAUAGUAGUAGAAAAAAAUCUUACUAUGCAGAUAAACGUUUUUGAGUGGUGAAUGGAAUGGGGGUUUUUUUUAUGUCAAUAAUAAAUGUAGAGAAUCUGCAGAGGUGUGCCUUGUGCAUCCCUGAACAUUCAACAGCUGCUAAAAACUGGACACUAAAGGAACUUUUACUCUGUAGUCUCUUAAGACUUAGUCAUAUUUAUUACUGAACAAUUUGAUGCUGAAAGACACACACCGAUCCAGUUUACAGUUUUGUGUUAACUGCAAAAAAAAAAUUUCUUUCUUAUGGGAUUAUUUCUGUUCAAAUAAUAUUUGGCAACAUGCUGUGAUUUUCUUCCAUUUCUGUUAACAAAAAGCAUGUUCAGAUACACAAAAGCAUCGUUUUGACACUACAUCUGAAAAUGUUGAGAGUUGCUGUGAAGUGCCACUAAUAUACUAUUCUUGCAGCGUGUUUUUAUUAAUAAUAUCUUCCUGACUACCUGUAAUGUGGAUACAUUUUCCAUGUUACUUUGAGCAAAAAGAGUUAAAUGUUUUUAAAACAAGAGUCUUGCUUAGCUCAUUGCCCAGAGGGGAGGGAGAAGAGGGGGGUUUUCCUACUGAGCCACUCUGCCCUGGCCAAUUAAAAGUUUAUGACCUGUAGAUUUCAAAAGUUGCUUUUGUAGUCAGAUGGCUGGAGUAAGUGGCACGGCUUCUGGUCGUGCAGCUUUCUCAUGGGAAAGGCAGUUCAGCACACAGACUCUUCGCUCGGCAGAUCCUGCCCGCCGCAGUAGCCUGCUAGCACAGCCCUUGCUGUAGCCUUGCUCUGGCAAAAGGCAGCCCCUGAUGUUCCCUCUGCUGCUGGUACGAUCAUCUGAAAAUGCUCCCGAUGUGCUAUCCUAUUCCUGUGGUCGGAUCUGUGUGGGAAGUUGAUAGCACUCCUGUAGAAUGCCUUUGAAAUAAAGCGUUAGUGAGGUGGGAAGGAACAGCAGCAGCGCAUGGUCUGCUGGUAAGAAGGGGCCGAGUGAGGGCUUGGGCUAUGCCUUGGGAAAUACUUGUGAUGUUUAAGCUCACCUGUCUUGUUUGUAGUGGGCUAGGAGGAUGUGGGUGUCAAAAGUGGGAGAGAUUGUAGCGCCGUAAGAUGUGCUAUUUCAGUGGCCCAGCUGCAAAAACUCGGUGCAAUAGACGUCGUGCAGAAGUAGCAGUCAAAAGGGAGCACGGAGAUGGGAAGGGGAUGUUAGGCUGCCCCUGGAGACCCUUCCAGUUUAACCGCACGGAAGGCUAGAAACAGAAGUAACUUUUGCUGGUCUGUUGCCAAUUUCCAGUGCUUGGCAGAACUCUGAAAUGUGUCCAAAUAACCCCGGCAUCCCUUGCCUUUGUAGUACUGCACGCAAGGAUUUGUGGAGGCCCUCAGAAAACAGUCUGUGGUGUCCAUCCACAGCAAGUGUGUGUCUCCUUGCCCCUCAGGUGGCCAGAGCCAGGGAUGCUGGAGCAGCUUCACCUUCACCUGCUGCUGAGCAGAGCCCUGGCCAGGGUGACACCAUCCCCUGCUUUUCUUACCUUUUUGAAGUAGAAGGAAUCGCUUUCUCCAUUGCAGAGCAUGAGUGGGAGCAUCAAGACAAAACAGAGAGGAGGGACAAAAAUGGGAGACUGAUUUUGCCUGACUCAUUAAAAAUAAUUUAUUUGCAAAUGGAGUUUUCUGUUGCCUGGACAAAUUUCAUGUCAUGUCUCCAUGCCAAAGCCAGGAUGCAUCAUUUGUCUUGCAGUAAUGCAAACCACCAGUUCCCAACCAGAGAGCAAAGCCCAAUUGAUGUGAGUACUAGAAAGCAGUGAGCCAAAAAAUAUCCCGAUAGGAAAACCCCAAGAGCUCAUAGUCCUACUCUUUUUCUUAAUGUAUUGACUUUUAGCAACAGAUCAAUAGCUUUUUAAUUAGCAUCCUAAAAUAUUUUAGCUGUGAGUAAGACUAAAUCAAAUUCGACUACUGUUCAGAUGUGUAUGCUUGUUGGUAGGCAUGUGCAAGUUGAUGUCGAUCGGAUUUUAACCCUCGCUAUGUCAAAUGAGCGUUCAAAUUUGAAAAGGCAAAAUUUUAAAUCUUGGCUACCUCUCUUUGAUUUGCUUGUCUUAUUAAUUCCAGGUAAAAAAAAAAGUAAAAUAUCUUUCUCUCUCAAAAAAGAGGAGAUUGCUCUCUCAAAAAAUAUGAGAUUGCAGUCUUGGUAAUAUUAACAUUAAAUAUUUUGAAUGCCCCCAGGAUAUUAACAUCCCUGAGAAAAUAGUGUUCUUUGACUAUGGAUGGAUAUCUAUUCUGUUAUCUCUGCUUACCUGCUUGGAAUGUUUUUUCUUGCAAGCAGCCUGGUGGAAUUUGCAUUAACAUCACGUAUGCAUAGACUGAAAUACAACUGGCCUGUUAAAAGUCACAGAAACGUGCAGUGAUUUCAGAAUCAGAUCCUGUGUGCAGAAGUACAGCUAAAACCUCUAAUUGCAAACCCUGCUACUGAUGUCAUCCCAGUUGUCUUGUUCUCACUUGACACUCCUUACUUACAUUUAUGCAUAAAGUGUUAGCAUUUGACCUUUUCUUUUGCCCUUAGCUGCUCAUCACAUUAAUUUUCCAAGCCUUUUUUUGGUGAUUGAGAUGUUCCUAACCUUUGUGUUGUGUGAAUUAGAUGACUGCAGUGUUGAGCCACCUGCUGUGAUGCCCAAGCUGGACUGAAGUGUCUGCUCUGGUGAAAUCGGCAGAGGGAUGAGCGAACUGGGCAGCUGGAGUGUGGUGGCUUGGCCUCUCCACCGCUGGGUAGGUGGCCAGGCUGUGGCAGCACUGAUGCCCAUGGGAUCUAGUUUAUUUGUUUUCUUCUUGAGCUUAGCCGCUGUGGAGUUAGAGGGUCAGGACCAUCCUUGGCACUGUAGAAGGCAAUCUGAACCGGGCGGGCUGAUGUGAACCUCCGUCUCAUGGAAAGUCCCUGGCGAUAAAUAAAGGGGCAGUGGGACCUUUGAAAUGGGGCAGGAGCAGAGGGGUCCUUCGGGCCUUAGCAGAGAACCACGCGGUCUCUUUAGAAGGAUGAGGUGUAAAACCUGGAGAUUUAAAUCUGUAAAAGGUUACAGAAUGCUGCACUGUUUAUUGUACUUCAAGAUGGAGGAUUACUUUAAUGAUCCCACUGUGAUUAGGAAGUAGCUGAAAGGUCUGAGGAAUAUCCCUGUGAUACAAACUUCUUACCAGCUGGUGUGAUUAGGAGGAGGCGGCACUCAGCAUUUGAUAGGACUUGUAAACCGUGCUAGCUAACCGAGCAGUGCCGGGGCAUGGGCACACCCUCAUGGGAGUCCCUUGCUGCUAAACUGUUGAUGUGGGCUCUUGUCUGGUUUGGUGCAACCAAACCAGCCUGUGCAGUGGGUGAUCCCAGACAGCUCCCGAGCACAGCUCGGAGGUGAGCAGUGGGUGAAGCCAGCCUGGUUUUGGAGGGUAAUGGACUUCGAGCGUGUUGGCGCGAGCCGAGCUGUUGUCUGUCCUGGGGGCUUAAGAUCAGGCUCUGACCCAUUGUGUAUUAUAACAGAGAUGUAGCCGCUGAGUUCAGACAACACAUGUUGUGCCAGAGCGAGCCUAAAAUCUCUUUACUUUUUGGAGGCAGUUUACUAAAAUAGGCCAGUCCUAACCUUGGUUUUCUUUCCUCAGACUAAAUAAAUGUAAGACCUCUGGUGCUUAUUUCAUUAUCUGUGUCUGAAGUUGUGUCUUAUCCUCAGGCUUUUUGUUUGUCUGGGGGGGUUGGUAGCAAAAAAUCUGGCAUGUCAUUUUGUAUGAAGCUGUCUCUUCGUCCUGCACCAGGAAACACAUCCUUUCUAUGCAACAGUCGUGCGGCGGCGCAAGAACCGAUGCUGCCUUCAGUGGUGAAAGCUGGAUUCUGGCAUGGGGGGUUUUCUAGAGGUGGACACAGAACAGGCCACAGGACAGACUGGAAGGAAAUGUGAGAGGAAAUGCUGGUUUCCUUUAAACACUUGUGCCUAGGAUUAAGAUCCUUUGUAUUGCUGCCUGGCUGGCUAACCAAAGCUGUAUUGAAAUCAACUCAAAGCGCGUAUUUGCAUUCUUAUUCUUGCCGUAUUGUAAAAAUGGCCUAUGGCUAGAACCUUAGAAAACAUUUAGUCCAUCCAAAAUGAGAAGGAAAAUGUAUUUUGAAGUGUUCUUUGCAGCUAGAAGCAAGGGUUUGAAGUAACUGUAUUACACAGGGUUUUUUUCCAAUACAGCAGUUUUACUUGCCACUUUAAUGGACUUUAUUCCACAACAACAGCUUCAAGAGAACCAGCGUAAAUAGCAAUGCUGUCUCAAAACCCACAGAGUUUCAAAUCUGUCUAUAAAUACUUGAAGUGUUUUCUCCUAUGUUUUCUUCUUGAAUCAACUCCUUGAUUGUCUCCCCACUAAAUAAAGUGCUGGCACCAGCUACUUGCGUGAUGCCCAGCGGGUGCCUGCCUGCAACGCAGGCCAGCAAAGUCCUGCCUGCAGGCCAGGCAGGGGGUACACCACGCCACUUAAAAGCCCAACACCACCUCUAUGUGAAAGGACAAGGGCUUAGCCCAGCUCUCCUGGCUCUUCUUUUUGAUGCUCUGAAGUUGCAGCGUUCCCAUGGACAAGCUAGAAUGAAAUUUUAAUCGAAGUGAGGGAUCAUCCUUUUUAUUCACAAUAUUGGGGACAGCAGGGCAGUAGGGAAAUGCAGGCCCCUUGUUGAGACCUAGCAAUAAAUGACUAUUUGUUAUAUCUUAAACUCCUAACAGUCCAGGAGUUGUUCGAACUUCAUCAUUUCUGUGCAUAACAACCAAAUUUUCAGCGUGAAAAUCUGCAGAGUGAUUCUCUUGGCUUGGACAAUCUUCUGAAUUAUAUUAAAAAUAUCUGUUAGUUCUUAGCUAUUUAGAUUCACUUUGGGUAGGUCAAAAAAGUAACACUUGGGAAGAAAAAGAGAAAGCCCCAGAACUUUGGCUUAGUACAUUUCCGUUAUAAAACGAAGCAUGGUUUUUGUGGAAUUCUGUGCUGUUUUGGGCUUUUGUGUAAAAGGCUGAAGGCAGAUUAUUAUUUAAACCAGGUGCAAAUAAAUAUCCCUGUAAUGUAUAUGAACAAACUUAAACAGUGUAUUGUAAGUAUAUAAACUGUAUAUUAAAGACACUAUUUUCAUGAUA